ACUUUUGGCACCGCCGCUUCCGGUCCGCGUGGGGGCGGUUCUUGCGGAGAUAGUGGACUCCGGGCAGGUGUUGGCGCGCGGUGCGGUGAAUUUUUUCGGAAGUCAGCCUCCCUGCUCCCCGCAUCAUGGCCACCGACUCGUGGGCCCUGGCAGUGGACGAGCAGGAAGCGGCUGUCAAGUCGAUGAGUAAUUUGCAAAUCAAGGAAGAAAAAGUCAAACCAGAUACCAAUGGUGUUAUUAAAACCAGUGCCGCUGCAGAGAAAACAGAUGAAGAAGAGAAAGAGGACAGAGCUGCCCAGUCUUUACUCAACAAGCUGAUCAGAAGCAACCUUGUCGAUAACACGAACCAAGUGGAAGUCCUGCAGCGGGACCCAAGUUCCCCGCUCUACUCUGUGAAGUCCUUUGAGGAGCUUCGGCUGAAACCACAGCUUCUCCAGGGAGUCUAUGCCAUGGGCUUCAAUCGACCAUCCAAGAUACAAGAGAAUGCAUUACCCAUGAUGCUUGCUGAGCCCCCACAGAACCUGAUUGCUCAGUCUCAGUCAGGUACUGGUAAAACAGCCGCCUUCGUCCUGGCCAUGCUCAGCCGAGUGGAACCAGCAGAGAGAUACCCCCAGUGUUUGUGCCUCUCCCCAACAUAUGAGUUGGCACUUCAAACGGGAAAAGUGAUUGAGCAGAUGGGCAAAUUUCAUCCGGAACUAAAGCUUGCUUAUGCUGUUCGAGGCAAUAAAUUGGAAAGAGGUCAGAAGAUCAGUGAACACAUUGUCAUUGGCACCCCUGGGACUGUUCUGGACUGGUGCGCCAAGCUCAAGUUCAUUGACCCUAAGAAGAUCAAGGUGUUUGUUCUGGAUGAGGCUGACGUGAUGAUAGCUACUCAGGGCCACCAAGACCAGAGCAUCCGCAUCCAGAGGAUGCUGCCCAGGAACUGCCAGAUGCUGCUUUUCUCUGCCACCUUUGAAGACUCUGUAUGGAAAUUUGCCCAGAAAGUGGUCCCAGACCCAAACAUUAUCAAACUGAAGCGUGAGGAGGAGACGUUGGACACCAUCAAGCAGUAUUACGUCCUGUGCAAUAACAGAGAUGAGAAGUUCCAGGCCUUGUGUAACCUCUACGGGGCCAUCACCAUUGCUCAGGCCAUGAUCUUCUGCCACACCCGCAAAACGGCUAGUUGGCUGGCAGCAGAGCUCUCCAAAGAAGGCCACCAGGUGGCUCUGCUGAGCGGCGAGAUGAUGGUGGAGCAGAGGGCUGCGGUGAUCGAGCGCUUCCGAGAGGGCAAAGAGAAGGUGCUGGUGACCACCAACGUGUGUGCCCGCGGUAUUGAUGUUGAACAGGUAUCUGUCGUCAUCAACUUUGACCUUCCCGUGGACAAGGAUGGGAACCCGGACAACGAGACCUACCUGCACCGGAUCGGGCGCACGGGCCGCUUUGGCAAGAGGGGCCUGGCAGUGAACAUGGUCGACAGCAAGCACAGCAUGAACAUCCUGAACAGAAUCCAGGAGCAUUUUAAUAAGAAAAUAGAAAGAUUGGACACGGAUGAUUUGGAUGAGAUUGAGAAAAUAGCCAACUGAGAAGCUCCGUCAGUCACCAGUGCCCACCCCUGGUGCUCCCCUGCACGGGAGACUGGUGCUUUCACGGCACAGGCCUCGACAGUCGCCACAAAGAAGAGGAGGCAGAGGAGAGAGAAACUACCUACCUCAUUUUAAAUUACGUUUGGACUUUACAAAAAUUGUGCAAAUGAUUGGGGAAGGUAGAAGGAUAAUUUUACAUUUUGGAAAAUUUAGUCCUCCCCCCACCUCUGCCCUUUUAAGCUAUGGUUUUCCCCAUCUUUAUAAUAAUCUGGUUGCUGUUGGUAAUGGCUGAGCCUAGGAUCCCCUGCUUGUUUUGUUGUGGGGUGUUAGGACCCAUUUCUAGUCUCUGAAGAAUUGGUCGAUGUAAGUGCAGGAGAGGCUCAGCAGCACAGGCAUGGGAGCCCCACUGCAUGGAAGGAGUGUGGGGAGCAGCAGCGGGGAGACCUGGGAGCGCUCUCCCUUCUCUGUCCCUGACUGGAGACCUGCCACCAAUGUCUCCCGCCCUUGAGGCCGUCUUCCUUCUCCUAAAUCCAGAGAUGUUCUGGCUGACCCCUUUUACCCCUGUUCUCAGUACCAGAGGAUGUCCCUGCUUCUCUCUGGGUGAGCACAUUGUAAACCUCCGAUUUGGAGAGAGACAUGGAAAUGAGCGAAUCUUCAGAGGACUUGGUCUGGCAAGGGUAGACGAAUCCUGUGAGAAUCUGGGACUUCCCCUUCCUGUGGUUGCUGUGUCUGCUCAGGCACUGGGAGUCAGUCAUGGCAGCCAGGGGAGACCAGGUGCGUUUCUGACACGCACCUGGCCAAGUGAGUUGAUUCUUAUCGGUGGGUGUCACACCGUGCCUGGAGAUGAGCAGUAGAAUUUGGAAAGGAAGUUAUGACCAAGUUAAAACUCUGCUCUUUCUUUAUCCAUAAUACUGGACCUAUUGGUUACUUUAAUUCAUACAUCACCUAUAUGAAUAAGGACAGAGAAAUUCGAGUUAUACCCAUCAUUAUGUUAAGAAAUUUUAAAGUAAUUAUGAAAGGCUUUACUAAUCAUGA